GGGCAGCACAAUCCACCCUACAGUCGCUUUCCAAAGCACCUUCAGGCUACAACCUGCAGGAGAAAUCUCUUCCAAGGACCCUACUCCAGCUCACAUGGCUCUGAGGCUUUGCUGUGCCUGGGUUUCCAUCCUCCUUCUCCUGCCCGGCCUCUCGGAUGGAGGGAAGCUCCUGGUGGUGCCCAUGGUGGGAAGCCACUGGCUGAGCAUGCAGGAAGUGGUGGAGGAGCUGAGCAAGAGAGGACACGAGGUGGUGGUGCUGGUUCCCGAGGUGAGCUGGCAGAUGGAGACGACGCAGGCCUACAAGGUGGUCACGUACCCAGUGAGGCAGACCCUGGAGGAGCUGGAUAAUGUCUUCCGGGAAUAUGUUGCCGUGCACCUGACAGAGAAGCCUUUCCCUCUCAAUGUCCUGGCAAUGUACAGGGCCUCGGUGAACAAUUUCAGUACUUUCUUUGGGCAGUGCAAGGACCUGUUCCGCAGCCAGGAGACCCUGAGUUUCCUCAACCAAAGCGGCUUUGAUGCCAUCCUGACAGAUCCGAUCUUCAUGUGCGGGGUCAUCCUCGCCCAUCAUCUCUCCCUUCCCUUUGCGUUCAUCAUGAGGGGGUUCCCUUGCAACCUGCACUUUGCAGCCCCACAGUCCCCGAGCCCUCUGUCCUACAUCCCGAGACUCUUCAGCUUCAACUCAGACCACAUGACUUUUUUCCAGAGGGUGGAAAACGCCCUGAUUUCCCUCCUGGAGCUUGGGUACUGCAACGGUUUCUUUGGGGAAGUACUUCAGCUUUCCUCAGAAGUUCUUCAGAGGGAUGUGUCCCUCACGGACCUCGUGGACUCCGCCGCCGUUUGGAUCCUGAGGUUUGACUUUGUGUUCGAGUACGUCAGGCCUGUGAUGCCCAACAUGGUCUUUAUUGGGGGGAUCAACUGUGCUAAGAAGAAACCACUGCAUAAGGAAUUUGAAGCCAUGGUCAACGCCUCUGGAGAACAUGGCAUCGUUGUCUUCUCGCUGGGCUCCAUGGUGUCUGAGAUUCCCAUGAAGAAAGCCAUGGAAAUCGCGGAGGCCUUGGGAACAGUCCCUCAGACGGUCUUUUGGCGCUACACGGGCAAGGCACCCCCCAACCUGCCCAGCAACGUGAAGCUCGUCAAGUGGCUGCCUCAGAACGACCUCCUGGCCCACCCCAAGACUCGUGCCUUUAUCACCCACGGAGGCUCCCAUGGUGUUUAUGAGGGAAUAUGCAAUGCAGUGCCCAUGGUGCUGAUGCCUCUGUUUGGGGACCAGAUGGACAACGCCAAGCGAGUGGAGUCCCGGGGAGCAGGGCUGACCCUCAACAUCCUGGAGAUGACUUCCAACGACAUUUCCACUGCCCUGAAAGCGGUGAUCAACGAGAAAAAGUACAAGGAGAACAUCCAGCGCCUCUCGGACCUGCACCUGGACAGGCCCAUCCACCCGCUGGACCUGGCCGUGCACUGGGUGGAGUUUGUGAUGAGGCACAAGGGGGCCCCUCACCUGCGCCCCGCCGCCCACGACCUCAACUGGGUGCAGUACCACUCGCUGGACGUCAUCGCCUUCCUGGCCGCCGUCACGCUCCUCUCCCUCUUCAUCUCCUUCAAGUGCUGCCUGUGCUGCUGCCGCAGGUGCUUCUGCAAGAAGGGCAGGACGGGGAAGCCCGCCAAAGCCAAGUCCCAGUAGCUCCCCACGGUGCUGGGGGACAAAGCUCCUGCUCCAGACCCGCGGCGGGGUCAGAGAAUAGCGCAAAUUUCACUGCAAUAAAUUAAACACUAUGAUUUUCAGCUGAGGGAUGAUAGGGAUCCUUGGCUGGUCCCACUGAUCUAAUUUUGGCCUUUUAAUUAAGAAUGGGUGGUUAAAAAUGCCUCGUGUAGGAGUGCUGCAGUUGCUUGGGAAGGUCUGAGUCUGAAAUCCCCCAUCAGUGUGUAGAGAGGACUCUCAGUGACUUUUUCUUUUAACCUCUACCUGCAGCAGAGGUAUGUAGGGAUUUUGGAGGACUUUAGGAGCACCAUCUGGUCAGAUUUCUCUUUGAAAUCUCUGCGUGGCUGCUGUUGUAAGAGAGGCAAAUGUUUUACACUCACAACUCCCAUCACGCAAACCAAGCUUGAUGCACAUCUUUGUGAGUCAAACCCUGAAGAAAACCAAGGUUUCUGGCUGGGAAGCUGCUGGAAAACCACUGGGGUUUCCCCCAAACUCCCCAUCAGGCAGGUGUGCUGUACCUGGAGCUCACCUGCUGCUGAGAUCUUUGUAAGCAUUCUUUAUCAACCCCCACAGCUGAUUUGUUCUUUGUAAGUGAUGCUCAGGGAAAGACCCCAAAGCCCAGCCCUAUAAAUAAACCCCAAAUACCAAA